AUGCUUCUUGGCGGUCAGACGUACUUUGAGACGAUCGAAAACUUGUUGGAUAGCCGCACCACUGCCAUUACCGACAUUGUUACCAAAAAGCAACAGCAACAACAACAACAACAGCAGCAGUUGAGAUUGGCAUACCAGCUCAAAGAAGUGAUUCAGAUCAUUCAUCGUACGCUUACCCAUGUGUACGAAAUAUUCACUAAAAACCAACUUGUCACCAACUACGUCCAAGAACUCGAAAAGAACUUUAUGUCCAAAAGUACAGCAGCCAUUACGCGUGUUUUCUCACCUAGUACCAACGUGCACUUGUUGAUGCGCUAUUUACCAGAGAGCGUCCAAAACUAUACGCCCAGCCUUGAAGCUGGCGAGCUCUUGUUACAACGCGACGUGCAGCAAUUUGCUCAGUCAUGGCUACAGAAUAUUGAAGAACAGUUACAAACGCACUUGCAACUGCUGCUGCAACAGAUUGAUAACCAUGCAGUGCUCGUCGAUGUCCGGUCACGUCUUUGGGAUUUUUUGGAUACGGAUACUACCGCCUCACAUCCGUCAUGGUCCGAGACAUGUCAAGGGUUACUUGAGCAACAGUAUUCUGUUUGGGAAUCUUUACUUCGAGAUGCAUUCAAUGCACGGGCAAAAGAACUGAUUGACAUAGACGCCAAAACGUUAUCUGAUCAACCACGUCAAGUUAUCUGGAAAAGAAUUGAGUCCAGAGGUAUAAAAAAAUGCGGCAAUUCUAAAGAUUGCUUCUUCUAUGCUUUGUCAAGCCAAUCACUUGAUAGCACCUCAAUUCCAUUACCCCAUUCAUCCGCAACAAAGGCUAUUGAAAAGUUUAAAAAGGCACUCAACGACGCAUCGCAAGGUCGUAGCUCAUUGAUACAAGAAUUUCAACAAGCUUUCGACGACAUACUCCAAACGAUGAGAACGGACUUGGAACAUCAUCAACAAAAUACCGAAAAAGACCAAUUUUAUUCCAAAACAGAUACCAGCAUGAUCAGAAGCUACUUUCAGGAUGCAUGCUUUAAUUCAAUUACUGCAUAUACAUCUGGGCUGAAAGAAUUAUUGAUUGAUCUGAAGGGCUGGACGGAUGAAAAAGCUGCAAACAGAAUGAGUAUUUUCGUGGGUCUAUUAGCAAGAACCAUUGCAAUUUCAUCCAAGGAGUUACCCCGAGCAUUGGCGUUAACCAAAUCGGCAACACUAGAACUGAAAAGCGGCGUAAAUAGAGAUCCGAAAUAUAAGAAACUACAAGACAGCUUGCUUGACAUUUUUCAUAAUUCACAUGAGAACUGGAUUUCAACGGUGGCUAAAGAGUUUAGCAAAAGUUUGUCAGCAGGAUUGGCAAGAACAAAAUGGAACGAUGAAUGUUCUGCUGCACUCGUUUGGGCUGGUAAGGAUACCUAA